CGAAGAUUGGUCACGUGGUCACGUAAGGGUUCCGUUGGGCUUUACAACUCCUUUUUGCAUCGCAAGCGGCCCGUGUCACCUGGGAGUAAGAGUCGAUCGAACUCUCGCUCUCAUCGCUUGGAGAUGUCGGGUUUUUUUCAAAUCAGGCUGAAGCAGGUGCUGCUUACAUCACAGCAUUGAAGAGUCCAAGCCCUAACUGCAGCGGAUUCAGUAAAGACCAGCUUCAAACAAUAUGGCGUUCUACCAAGUAAAUGACAUAGAGGACUAUGAAGUUGUUGUCAUAGGAAAUGGACCUAAUGCACUGGCUUUGUCAUACAUGUUGUCUGGAAACUGGCCAUACUACAUGCCCCACCAGCACCCAGACCCCCUUUUGGACCACAAACUGUGCUCAGAGUCUGGAAAAUCUCUAAUUGAAAUGGACUUAGACUACCUAAGCGAAGGACUUGAGGGACGAUCAUUCAAUCCUGUUGCGCUCCUUUUUGAUCAACUGCAAAGACCUAACACUGACUUUGGAUACGACGAGGGCCCUUGCCUUAAAUGGCUUCAUCAUAAUAGCAAGUCUGUCAAUCACCUUGUCCUGGGGACAGGUCCCGCUGGCGGGAGCUGGCACAAUAUGCAAGGUUCACAACUCACCCUGAGCCUUAAUAACUGGCUCGAAUUACCAGGAUGGGAGUUCCAGACCUGGCUGAGAGAACACAGAUGUGAGACGGUUAGGAAGCCAUGUAUGCUUGUCAAGAAUGGCAUCAAAAGUGAUGGGAACACCUAUGAUAGAGCUACGACAAGUCACAUCGCCGAAUAUUAUAGUGACUAUGUGAACAAAAUGGGACUAGCAAAAAAUUUCUGGAAUAACGCAAAGGUACUGUCUGUGAAACGGUUGCACUGUCUUACUAAGGAUUUUCUCGGCCCAUAUGUUCUUUCCGAUGACAGAACGAGCAUUUGGGAGAUUCAGGGAGUUAAAGGGUCAUAUCCUGACAAGGUGGAACCUUUCAUUGUGCAUGCGCAUAAUGUUGUCAUAGCAACAGGCAAUAACAUCCCUAAAGUUCUUGCCAUCCCUGGAGAGGAUCAGCCCUUUGUCUAUCACAAGAUGACGGACAUUGAUGAACUUGUGAACACAUCCGAGCUGCCUUUAUCAGAGGCGGACCCUUGCCUUGUGGUAGGAGCUGGUCUUUCUGCUGCUGAUGCCAUUCUUGCUCUUCAGUCAAGAGGAAUCCCUGUCAUUCAUUCAUUCCGCCGAGCACCCAAAGACCCCAAAAUCAUCCUGAAUCAACUGCCUGAAGGAGCGUACCCAGAGUACGCAAGUGUAAGUAUGAUGAUGCGGGGAGAUACAACACUGCCAAGCUCCGCCUACAGAUCUUUGCCGAAAACAAAGCUUGUAGAGAUUCGUGACAAGGAGUGCAUCCUUAGAAACCCCGAUGGAACUCACUUCAAGCAAAAGGUUUCCUAUGUCUUCAUUCUUAUUGGAGCAUCUCCUGACUUGUCAUAUCUCCGUGGUCUAAGUGGACUGGGUCUAGAAAGAGACAGGCCCAUCGACAGCAAGGCUAAUCCAAUAGACAUCAACCCUUUCACUUACGAGAGCACUAAUGAAUCGGGGUUGUAUGCAUUGGGACCUCUUGUUGGGGAUAACUUUGUCCGCUUUGGAAUGGGGGGCGGUCUUGGUAUUGUCAAUCAUAUCUUUCGAGGUGAUGAGACAGAGUGUUAAAAGCUCUCAGAACUUCAUAAUUUUACAUUGAUGCUUUGGGGCUUAGGUAUUUAUAUGGUCCUUGUCUAUACCUAUUUAAAAAAAGUUUCGUUUUUGUAUUUUUGUUACUUUUCUAUUCUUUCUGAAACAGUCAUAUUUUUCUUAAUUUUUUUAUUAUCAAAGAUGACAAAGAUUAGUCAAACUAGUUGCAUUAAUCGAUCAUUUCCAUUCUAAGCGUUGCGUUACAGAAGCUACGCAUGUACAUAUUUCUACUGCUUGAUGAAAUCCAGCAACAGCAGUAAAAAAUUUUUUUUGAACAAUGCAAAAAAUGUAAAUAAUUGAAUCUUUCACACAAUUUAACUUAUUCAGUAAUCAUUUACUGGUAUCACGGGAGCAUUGAAAGGUAGCAGUUACCAAGUGGGAUGAUUGCUUGCGAGUCUUUUGCACUGCUUUGCAGUUCUUGUGGAUUUCUGAUAUAGAAUCCUUGAGUAUUAUUUCUGAGAUUUGUUUACUAGACAUUAGAUAGAAAAAAAAUGAAUUAACCUGGAGAAUUUUGUAGUUUGAGAUGUUCGUGGAUAAUUAGUUUUGUGAAAGUAAAUGAUUUAAUCAAUUCUAUACCGAAUAGAUGAUGUCAUGUCUUUGACAUGCUUGCUUGUCUAUCUUCGUGAAAGAUAAGUUUGCAAAUAACCAUUAAAUAAUAUCAAUUUAGAUAAUUAAUCACACUAAUAAGUAGUAACAAAUUCAUUAAGUAAUUGGUGAUUAUAGUAAUUACUAACUUGAUCGUAUCUAUACCAUUUUUACUUUUCUGGGUCAUAACUUCGUAAAGUAAUCAUGCAUUUAAAAAUAUGAUUUUGUAUUAUUCUUUUACAUUUCUUUUUCUUUUUUUACAAUCUCUGCACAAUUUAUAACACUGAAAGGGUGUAUCCAGUGUUGGUGUUAAAAAUUAACACGAGUUUAAUAAAAACCGGAUUUGUCGUA